GACCUUGAAGGACUGGUUAUUGCCCUCAGAUGGCUUGCAACAUCGAUUCGCAGAAUUAUUAAAAAAGAAGACAGGAGGUAUUCCGUUGAUUUUAAAGAAUACUUUAGUAGCCCUAGCAGAGAAAGCUGCAAACUUGUCGCAACCUGUUAUCAACGAUGACAAUAUGGAAAGUGUGUUAGAUGAUAUUUUUCACUCUGUAGUACGAAAGACAACAACGUUUAUUGUUCCGGAGAUAUUAGAUUCUGCAACCCUUCUUCGAUAUCAAUUUGUUCUUUUCAAUUAUCAGCUCGGGACAGUUUUUCCAAUCAACUUUGCAAUUACUCUAUGUGGAACGACAACUUAUUUGAUGGAUUUGGUUGCAACUUUUGGGUUUUACUCUGAAGUUUUGGGCGAGGAAUUCAAGAUUGGUUGUUGUGAAUUUAUAUUGCGAGCUCAUAGCAACUAUAAAUUUUUCCGUGAGGCUACUGAACUUUUUCCUUUAUCUCCGUUUAGUUAUAUUCCCGACACUUCAACAGCAAAAGGAGUCUUCUUUGAAUUUGUAUUUAUGAAGAUCUUUCGUUUUCGCUUAUUAGCUUUUCUUCAUUCUAGUUCCUCGCAGAUUGUACAUUCUGCUAUUCCAGGAAUUUUCCAGGGUUCUUUUAUUGAACAGGACAAUGUUUCGUAUUCUAUAGAAUCAACAAAAUCUUAUGAUAUACCCAUCUUGAGAAAUGUCUCUGAUUCAUUUUCUGAUCAUUAUAGAAAAUAUUUACAACAUUGUGGUAUUUUUGUUCCAAAGGAGGGCAAUUCGAGUGGUCCUGAUGCAUAUGUUGUAUUCCAUAAUGGACAAACACGUUAUGUUGUUGGAUUUUCAUUCAAAUUUUAUCACAAAACUGAAUUUUCGAAAACAAAUAUUGAGGAAGAAGCCAAAAAUUUUUUUAAGGGAGUUGUUUCCGUUUUGAAUGACGAAUCUUUUUCAUCUGUUCAACUUCGUUUUCAGUUUGUGGUAGUAUGUACUAGAUAUGAUCAAUCUGUAGGUUUCUCUACCGAAGAACAUAAUAUUGUUGAAGAUGCAAGUCGUUUUGUGACUCAACAUUCUUCGGGAUCAACUUUGAAUGAAAGUAGUCGAUCAUGUCUGCAAUUGGUAAUUGUUUCUCAAAGGAACCUUGAAAUAUAUUUGGGAAGAGAUAAUGUCGAAACAUUGAGGAAAAUUGGGAAAGCAAACCGAGGAGAGUUUUCUAAAAACUUUUCAGUANGAGUGGCUCGAAAUAUAAGACCGAGAACCAAUGAGGAGAAUAGGAUGCAAACGGAAGAGCUUCAAAGUGCUAUGCAAGUGGAACGAAGUGUCGCAGCAUCGAGUUCUUUGUCUUCGUCAUUUGAUUGGAAUACUUUCUUAAGAGACCGUUGUGGUCUUUCUGAAGAGGAUGUUGCCUAUUGUUUGCCUAAGCUGUCCUUCAUAGGAGUAAGAGAUUUUGAUGGCGUUACGACAGAUUUUCUUUCCGAUUGUGGUAUCGAUAAUCCUUCACUAAGAUUGCGAAUUAUGUUAGGAAUACGACAGUUUUUAGCAAAGUAGCUUUUAUGGACUAGUUUGUGGUAUGCCCAUGAUUUCCCUGUAAAAGGUGAUGGAAGCCUUAUAGAAGUCGUAGUCCUAAUAAAGACAUGUAAUUUUUGUUUUUAUCUCA